UCGUAGGGACGACGUUGCUAAGCUCUGUUACACAGGCGUUUUCGAACCCCCUCCCGUUAGUGUGAGAACUUCCGCUAGUAAUUCUUGAAAACAGUUUUUUCUUUUGUCUUCCACCCAACAUUUAUUGCAUACGUCCACAUUAUUUACCGCAUAUCGUACGUACGGAUCACGUUUGUGAAAUCUGCGCCGUUUCUGCUUUUUAAUCGUCGUGAGUCGCUCGUGGCUGUCCUUUAAGCCUAUAUACACCUAAGUUCGCGCGCGCAUCCCUGUAGCAUAGGAAGCAUUGCAAAAUCAUACCCAUCCAUCUAAGUAGAGCAUCAGCAUACAGAAGAGGAGUGUGCGCAAUGAGGGGCGGCAUCUGAUGCCGUCAAGUGCGACGGAGGAGAGAAAGUCCCUCCCUGCACCCUAUUCUUGAACGUCCGGCGUGUGCCCUGCUGAUGAAUUGAAUCACGAGGCCUGUCGGGUGGGGUUCUGUCGCCGUUUCCGUCCUUUCCUCCAGCCAAGACUUUCUCUGGGCAUCUGUGAAAUAUACCGACAUGAACAAUGAAUGCAUAACGUCCACGAAGAAAGAGCUUGGGGCCAAGGUGCGUAACUAAGUUAGUCCUCCCACCCACGGAAGGAAGGUCGAGUGAUUCGGACGAAACCCCAGCAUCCCUGAAGACUGGGUUGGGUUUCUUAACCCUUCAAACGAAAGCGAUACACACACUAGUAAGUGGAACUUCUCAUAGGACAGCAUCUGGACGACAUGAAGGUUCUGAAGAAGAUCAAGCGGUUAGCUUCUUCUUACUCCCGUAGUCCUAGCAACCAAGGGACUAACAACCUACCACCCCUCCUCUUCCACAGUGUACAUGGAGAAAAUAUCAGGGUGUCAAGAGAUGGUGCUGUAGCUCGUCGUACUGAGAGUUUUUGUAAAGGUAUUGCAUUCAGUAGCAGGCCAGUUCAAGUAAAUGAGCGUGUUAUUUUAAAAUUUGCUGAAACUUCCAGUAGUUGGAGUGGAGCACUACGUUUUGGAUUUACUGCCAAUGACCCCUCAAACUUUCGAUCAGCCUUACCCAAGUAUGCUUGCCCAGACUUGACUAAUAAACCUGGAAAUUGGGCAAAGGCCCUUGGUGAACGGUUUGCCAGGAGAGAUACAGUUCUAAUUUAUUUUGUGGAUGACAAUGGUGAUGUCCACUUUUCAAUUAAUGGGGAGGAAAAAGGAAUAUUCUUCAGUGGAGUAAACGUGAGCACACCUUUGUGGGCUUUACUAGACGUCUAUGGAAACACUGUGGCAAUGGAACUUGUGGAUUCAAGACAACAUCUUAACAACACCAGGAGGCAACAGAGUACCCCUGAUAUUGAUUCUAUCAUUCCAGCCCUUUCAGCUAUUACUUUGGAAACUUCGGAGCCUGAGCUACCUGUUAGGUUCUACCGAGGCAUAACAUUUUCACAGUUACAGUUCCACCGCACCAAGGGUUGUAAUAUAAAUCUUUCAAAUGACAGGAUGGUUGCAGAAAGAAAUGAUAGUCAUUAUUGUUAUGGGUAUGUUUUUACCUCUCGUCCACUACGAGCGGGUGAACGACUUGUUAUCCAGGUCACUAAAACAGAGCAAAUGUAUGUUGGGGCUAUGGCAUUUGGGCUGACUAGCUGUGACCCUGCCACUGUGAAUGGAGCUGAUCUUCCUGAAGAUGCAGACUCCCUUUUAGACAGGCCAGAGUAUUGGGUGGUGAAGAAAGAUGUUGCUAACUCUCCUCAGCUUGGAGAUGAGUUAACAUUUCUAAUUACUAACAGUGGUGAAGUACAGUUUGUGAAAAACCGGCAACCUCCAACCACUGUGAUGCAUGUUGACCAUACCCUUAAUCUGUGGGCUUUCUUUGAUCUGUAUGGAAACACAACUAGAGUCCGACUUUUAGGUACAACAACAGAAAGUCCAGCUGGUCAAGGCUCACUAACCCGUAGGUCAUUAGGAAACAUACCUUUAAGCACUUCAGUGGACAGUGGUAUGUCUGGUGGCCUUAAUGAGAUUGAUAAAUCACCAACUGGUAGCCUCACUGUACGACUUCCAACGCCCGAAGGAUCUAGUACAAGUGGUGGUGAGAUUAUUCCACAUCCUAGUGACAACUCAGGAAAUGAGUGUGCUAUUUGUUAUGAGAGACAAAUUGAUAGUGUACUGUACACAUGUGGACACAUGUGCAUGUGUUUUGAGUGUGCUGUGCAACAGUGGAGAGGACAAGGAGAUGGCCAGUGUCCAAUCUGUCGGGCACCCAUUCGAGAUGUGAUUCGUAUUUACAAGUCCUGAGUCAACCUGUAUAAUCUAGAGUGAGAUAUGCUAAUUUUUUUAAGACUGUAAUUAUUAUACCUUAAGAGACAUGAGAAGUGAACUUUGUAACUUGUGCAUUAGAGCAAGUACCAGUAUACUUUCCUUCUUCAUCUAAUAACUUUAAGGGAAA